AUUAAAGAUUGCUGUCCUCCUCAUUACAUUGCAUUUUAUUUUGUUGUUGUUGUUGUUGUUUAUUUUUUCUUCAGUUUUCUAUCUGAUUUUGAUAUCUCCACCAUCCUACGUCUUCCCUUCUCUUCUCACCUUGCUCUUGCCUUUAUCCCCAGGAGGAAAGAAAGGGAACAAUAAAUCGAAUAAAAAGCACCCCAUAUCCAAGAUAGGAGCUUUCUUUCUCUGUUUAUUCUGAGUCACGCAUACCGUGAUUCUCCUAUUAGAUCGGCCUUUUUCCAUUUCCAUUUCAUUCGGGGGUCGCAAAUUUCUGGGACUAAUCAAUUGACAAUGCUGCAUUAGUGGGAUUGGUACUGCCGGGUUCUUUAGCUGAUGAAAGAGGAUUGAGCGGUGGUGCUUGUGGCUUGGGUGUUGCUUACCUGUUCUAUACGCUAAUUCAGAAGGUUAGAGCAUACGAUUAAGAAGCAUACUUAACCUGAUCUUUAGUUACACAUUCACCUUAUUAAUUGUGAUGACCUUCCUGUGUUAAGCUCUGUCAAAUUUAGUGCCUGACUUACUGCUUUAUUGAGGGAUUCAUUUCAUAUAUUUAAUUAUAUUGAGUUGGGAAAAUCAAUAGAUUUCUCCAAUGCAAGGGCAGAGAGGUACAGUUGUUUCAAUGCCUGAAACCUUAGAAUUUGAUUGUGGAUCUGCAUCUGGCAAUUCUACUGCGGAUCCGCAAAUUUGCUGGAAUAAUGUGAAUCCUGCAGAGAAUCAAAUUCCUGAUUAUAUACUUUCUCCUUGUGAUAUGAACUCAUCCUAUGAGAAUUCUAUUAUUAAUCAUGAAUGGCAAAAUUUGAGUGGAUGGAGCUUAGGGGAGCCAAGUUCUAGUAAUACACCGAAUGAGAUCAACAAUAAUGAGCAAAAAAGAGAACUUGGAUGGUCAUCAACCAUUACUGCUGGUGCAUUGGCUGGUCCAAGACUAGAAGAAAGGCGCCUUGAACCAACCAAUGCUCUUUCACUAGACAAUGUCAAUACAGGUCCUAUCUACAUGUGUAGCCCCAAUUCUCAUUUGAUGUCCCAGAAUCUCAACUUAAAUGCAGGUUUAGCGGACAGUGGCAGUGAUGAUAGUCAACAUCUGGAGCUCCCUAACUUAAACAAGUCUAGUGGGUCAGCAAUCGAGUGUAUACCACCUAAUGUUGGAUCUGGUUCUUUUCUGCUUCCUUCUGGAAAUAAUGCCUUCCUGGUAGAAGAUACUGAUGGUAGGCCUAGUUGUUCUCUUGAUACUCGGCGGGUCUCUUGUAAACGAAAGGCUGUUGAAGGAAAUAAUGGACAAUCGUCAGAUGCUGGGAGUUCUAGCUACAGUCAGCAUACGGAUGGUAGUGCUUGGCACACCAUUCCUACUCAGGAUAAUGCUGGAAGCAGUUCGAGAAGAUCUAUUCCCUCAGAAGAGGUAAACGCAAGACUUGGCCUGGGUAUCGGGGAUGAAGCAUCUGAAAAUGUUUCUGAUUCAAACACUGCAGGAUGCUCAGAAAGCUUUCACAGGAAUUUCCGUUUGAGGUUAAAUCCUUCAAACCCAGCAAAUUCUGUUCCUCCCACCGCAUUCUCAACUGGGAGCAUGAUUAGGCAUUCUGGUGUUUCUCCAUCCUCUCAAGUAUCACAAAGGCUUCAUUCUGUUGAUAAUUCUAUGAACUCGAGGUCAGCACCACCGAUAGAUAAUGUGGUUCCUCAAAGCCAGCCACAUGUAAUCCAUGUCCCUGCUUUGCCCAGGAAUAGACAAUCAUUUAGAUGGAGUGGUGGUUCUAGCUCCAGAAACAUCCAUUCAUCAAACUCAAUUAUAUGCCCAGCCAGGGAUCAGGAGGAUGCAAGCUCAAGAAGAAUGUCCAGAAAUAUGUUAGAACAUCCAGUCUUUCAACCUGCAACUGAUUUAAGCAAUUUAGUUCAAAAUCCAACAGUUAGAGCUUCAAGUUCAAGUAGUGUAAAUUUAAGUAUUCCAGGAAAUGUUGCUUCAUCACAGACUGGAUCAAAUCCAGCUACCAAUCCCUCAUCUGCCCCAACUUGGGUUUCUCCUCCUAAUCCUCCACAGCAUCCACAGAGGUUAUCUGAAUAUGUCCGUCGGUCCUUGUUUUCUCCCAGUUCUGAUGCUACUGGAAGUCCAAGCAAUAAUUUUUCUUCCUUGCGCUCUGGUUUUUCUACAUCUGAACCAAGGGCGUUAUCAUCUGGGAGUGGGGCAAACCCGAGAUCAUCUUCAUGGUUGGAGAGGCAAGGAGGUAGUGAAUUUGGAAUUCCUUAUUCACUACGUACUUUGGCUGUUGCAAGUGAAGGAAGUAGUAGACUUGUAUCUGAGCUCCGCAAUGUUUUGGGCCUUAUGCGUAGAGGUGGGAACGUGCGAUUUGAGGUCAGUUUUGAUGAGCCUGUGGAUUUGAAGGCUCAAGGCCUUGGAAGGUGUUGGGAAGAAAAAAGAAACAGGCCAAGACUGGAUGUUGUGAUCCUUGAGCAUCAAUCAUUUCUUUCUAGAAUAGCUGAUGUUCAUGAUCGACACAGGGAUAUGCGACUUGAUGUUGAUAACAUGUCUUAUGAGGAGUUGUUGGCUCUGGAAGAGCGCAUUGGAAAUGUGAGUACUGGAUUGAGUGAGGAAACCCUAUCGAAACUCUUGAAACAGAGAAAACACUCGGUUGAAAAAGGGUCUGAGACUGAUGCAGAACCCUGUUGUGUUUGUCAGGAGGAUUAUGGUGAUGGGAAUGAUAUUGGAACGCUUGAUUGUGGCCAUGAUUUCCAUAGCAGCUGUAUCAAACAGUGGCUAAUGCAAAAGAAUCUGUGUCCCAUUUGUAAGACAACGGGCUUGGCAACAUGAUGUAUGUGACUCUCUGUCCUCAGGCAAAUACCAUGACCAUGAAGGAAAAAAAAAAUUGGCACAAUUUACCCAGGAAAUUCUGGUGCUUGGUGCCUUGUCUUCUGUUUCUAGCCUAGUAAAUUGUCGUACCUGACUGACAGAGGUUUCCCCUACCCUGCCUCCCUCCCCCGAAUUUGUUUAUUUAUUAUCUAAAUCCAAAGGUCUCCCGGUUUAGGUGAUGAAGGAGCGCUUCUUAACUCAAGUUGACAAGGCUUGGUUUACAUUUAUGAAAUUUUUUAAUAUUGUUCGGAUUGGAGUUAUGCUGAACGGAAAACUAGGUACAAAAAAUAUGAUUCAAAUAUAAGAAUCAUUGGUACUGGAUUUACGCGUUUGGGGUGAUUUUAUUUACUUAUUAUUAUUAUUUAACUAAGCUCCCAUUAUUG